CGGGAUUGGCAUUUCCGAAAACUCGUUCUCUCAACAACAUGGCUCGUACCAAGCAAACCGCCCGCAAGUCCACCGGUGGCAAGGCCCCGCGCAAGCAGCUCGCCACGAAGGCUGCCCGCAAGAGCGCCCCUGCCACGGGCGGCGUCAAGAAGCCCCACCGCUACCGCCCGGGUACGGUCGCCCUCCGUGAGAUCCGUCGCUACCAGAAGUCGACCGAGCUCCUCAUCCGCAAGCUCCCGUUCCAGCGCCUCGUCCGCGAGAUCGCCCAGGAUUUCAAGACGGACUUGCGCUUCCAAGGCUCGGCCGUCCUUGCCCUCCAGGAAGCCGCUGAGGCGUACCUUGUCGGCCUCUUCGAAGACACCAACUUGUGCGCCAUCCACGCCAAGCGUGUCACGAUCAUGCCCAAGGACAUCCAGCUCGCUCGCCGCAUCCGUGGCGAACGCUCGUAAGUCCUCGGUCGCUAUGUAACAUAGUACCUCACAACACUGGUGUUUUUCAACACCACCCAUUGAACCAAAGAAAUCUCGACACAAG